CUAUCAUUCAUUCAUUCUUUCCUUUCACGAGAUCCUCUCUUCACCUUCCUCUUCCCCUUCCCUUAAAACUUUCUCUCCUUUUCUCAUUGUAGCCUUGUGAAUUUUCUCCUCCGCAUUCACUGCAGCCUCUGUUUUUCUUCCUUGCCUCCUCCCUUCGAGAUCUACAGCGUCUCCACCCAAACAAGGCCAGGAGAGCAAAAAUUCUAAAACAAAAAAAUGUCUCACAAUGCCAAGAAAUCCAUCCCGGAUUCCGCCAACGAUCCCCUCUCGACUCGCUUUUGUGACUCGUUGAGUUGCAGCAGCUCUACUCCCAAGAAGAAGCCAGCUGAUUCUUCGAGGGAACACGAUCUGGGGUCCCCUGUUUGGCCUCUGCCAACCCGUAACGUGGCUGCUUAAGCUGCUCCGGCCACCACUACUUCGAGCGGCAGUACUUCUGGCUCUUCCGGAUCUGUCCCGGGUAAAGCCGGGAACUCCGGAGAGCUUACUUCCGAGGCCAACACGGUUCAGGGGGAUUCAUCUCGACCAGGUUCCAACGGCCGCGCCUCGCAUCCGGGCCACCGAAGAUCCAGCUCCGCCGGUGCUCCAUUGAUCUAUUCCGGGUCGAGCUUCUCGUCCGCCAUGAUCAACGGAGCGACCUCUGCAGUUACUCCUGGUAAUUCCGGACUGAAUUCACUUCCCAGUGGGAACAUCUGUCCUUUCGGGAAGAUCUUGAAGAAGAUCGGGUUGCCAAGUCGGGCCUCGAAUAGUAACGAUACCCUGAUGGGGAAAGGCUCGAGGCACUACGGACAUGGCAGCAUUAUGCGCAGCGGCGACAGUGGAGCUGGGGGCGGGAAGCUCGGGAUUGGUUGCGGCGAUCUGGAAGAAAUGAAGAGUGGAGGUAAUGAGAUGUACAAGAGAGGGAAGUUCGUGGAGGCUUUGGCUUUGUAUGAUAAAUCAAUCCUGUUGUCUCCGGACAAUACCGUCUACCAAAGCAAUCGGGUGGCGACAUUGACGGCAUUGGGAAGGCUAAGUGAAGCUGUAAAGGAAUGUGAAGCUGUGAGAUUGGACCCUGGUUACGCCAGAGCCCAUCAGAGAUUUGAUAAUGCAUUGUCCCUGACUGAGAAGGCUGUCUUAAUAGAUCAUGGUAACAUUGAGCUCUCCAUGCUCGGAAGGUGGGCAGAAACUGUGAAAGAUUAUGAGGCUCUCAGACAAGAACUGCCUCAUGAAAAUGAGGUUUUGCAACAUCUUCAUCAGGCAGAGAAUGCAUUAAAGAAAUAUCAUGGACAAGUUUACGAUGGAAAAUUAGGUGGUGAAGUUGAAGAAGUUUGUAGGCUUGAUAAAUUUAAAGCUGGAAUAUCCUCCCCUGGUGUUGCAGUGGUUCACUUUAAAGCAGAGGGAGAUGACGAACCUGACGAUAUGUCGCCCUUCAUGAACAUGCUUUGUGUUCGAUACCCAUCAAUCCAUUUGUUCAAGGUGGAUGUGGGAGAGACCUUGGGAAUUGCAAAGGCCGAGAGUAUAAGAAUGGUCCCGACGUUCAAGGUUUACAAGAACAUAGACAUGGUGAAGGAGAUAGUCCACCCAAGUCAUUAGUUGCUGGAAGACUCUGUAAGGAGUUACUGUAUAUAGCUGGCCGUUCAUUCAUUCUAAAAGUUGAUCCAUUUUGUUUUUCUGGUUCCAUGUUUCCCCCACCAUUUUUAUUCUAGGAAUUUGUAAGUUCUUCUACCAGUGACAGAAAUCAGCACAUAAUUCUUGAGUAGAGUUGUAAGAUCCCAACAAACCAAAUGUUUUUCCUCUAGAUCGAUUACAUUUAUUGGAGAUCCUUUAUACAUGGGCUCUCCUAAAAUUCAAUUUUCUUUUGUCAAAAGAG